GGACAUUGUGUUGUUUCGUUACAGUUAUGGUGAGAAGAUUUGCACUUCUUACAGUUUCCUGAUUAUGAAAAUUGCACCAAUUUCUUCUUCUUCUCUCAAGAAUUUAGUGCUUUCUGAUCUUCCUAAACUCAAACCAUUCAAAUGGUUCUUCUCCGCCGCAAACUACGGCACAGGUCCGCCUCCUUGUUCCUUCACGGAGUCGGAUUCGGCCGCCGCUGCCGCCGUCCCUUUUACCGGUGUCCUUCAAGACGAAGACCUUCUUCGCAAGACCCACAUGUCUUCUUCUGAAACUUCCACUAAUUCCACUGGGCUCUAUGUUCUGGACCUCAUAAAUCAUGGUAAAUUGGAGCCCGAACGAACGCUUUACAGUAAAAUGCUGAACAAGUGUACUCUCUUGCGCAAACUCAAGCUGGGCAGAGUCAUCCACUCCCACAUCCAGGGCUCUACGUUUGAGAAUGAUCUUGUUAUUCAGAAUUCUAUCUUAAAUAUGUACGCCAAAUGUGGUAGUCUUGAGGAGGCACACAACCUGUUUGAUAAAAUGCCUACAAGAGACAUGGUUAGUUGGACCGUGUUGAUUAGUGGCUAUUCUCAGAGUGGGCGAGCGUUUGAAGCUCUUGGUUUGUUCCCUCAGAUGUUCCACCAGGGCUUCCAACCCAAUGAGUUCACUUUGUCUAGCUUGUUGAAGGCUUCUGGAGCUAGCCCUAGUGAUGACCAUGGCAGGCAACUUCAUGCGUUUUCUCUCAAAUAUGGCUUUGAUAUGAAUGUUCAUGUGGGAAGUUCAUUGCUUGAUAUGUAUGCUAGGUGGGGGCAUAUGCAAGAAGCCGAAGCGAUCUUUAACGGGUUGGCUGCGAAAAACGUGGUGUCGUGGAAUGCUCUGAUUGCUGGUCAUGCUCGGAAGGGUGAAGGGGAGCAUGUGAUGAAACUUUUUAGGCAGAUGCUAAGGCAGAAUUUCGAACCUACGCAUUUUACAUAUUCUAGUGUUUUUACUGCUUGUGCUAGCUCUGGAUCUUUCGAGCAAGGCAAAUGGGUUCAUGCCCAUGUUAUAAAAUCUGGGGGACAACCGAUUGCCUAUAUUGGAAACACUCUCAUUGACAUGUAUGCCAAAUCAGGCAGCAUCAAGGAUGCAAAGAAGGUCUUCCAGAGGUUGGUUAAACAGGACGUCGUUUCGUGGAACUCGAUUAUUUCUGGAUAUGCACAACAUGGAUUGGGAGCUGAAGCUUUACAGCUAUUUGAGGAGAUGCUAAAGGCCAAAGUUCAACCUAAUGAGAUUACUUUCCUCUCUGUUCUUACUGCUUGUAGCCAUUCAGGGCUUCUAGAUGAAGGGCAAUAUUAUUUCGAACUAAUGAAGAAAUACGAGAUCGAACCACAGGUUUCACACCAUGUGACAGUUGUUGAUCUAUUAGGUCGAGCAGGUCGACUUGAUGAAGCCAACAAGUUCAUAAAGGAAAUGCCUAUCGAACCUACCGCAGCUGUCUGGGGAGCCUUGCUUGGUGCUUGCAGGAUGCAUAAGAACAUGGAUUUGGGUGCUUACGCUGCCGAACGGAUUUUCGAGCUUGACCCUCAUGACUCAGGUCCUCAUGUACUGUUAUCUAAUAUUUAUGCUUCUGCUGGUAGAUUGAAUGAUGCAGCUAAUGUAAGAAAGAUGAUGAAAGAGAGUGGAGUUAAGAAAGAACCUGCCUGCAGUUGGGUUGAAAUUGAGAAUGAAGUUCAUAUGUUCGUGGCAAAUGAUGAAUCACAUCCAAUGAGAGAAGAAAUCCAGAAGAUGUGGGAGAAAAUAAGUGGAAAGAUUAAAGAGAUUGGGUAUGUACCAGACACAAGCCAUGUGCUUUUCUUCAUGGAUCAGCAGGACAGAGAAGUAAAGCUGCAAUAUCAUAGUGAGAAGCUAGCAUUAGCAUUUUCAGUAUUGAAAACUCCUCCUGGAUUCACUAUUAGGAUCAAGAAGAACAUUAGAAUCUGUGGGGACUGCCAUUCUGCAUUCAAGUUUGCUUCAAAAGUCUUGCGAAGAGAAAUCAUUGUAAGAGAUACCAAUAGAUUUCAUCACUUCCAUGAUGGCUUGUGUUCUUGCAGGGACUAUUGGUAGAGCUAUUAGCAGUGUACAAGUUCUUCAUUACUAAGAUCUUUCAAUUUCUACCCUCAAGAAGUGUUCUAAUAAAAGAUUCGAGAUGUUCGGAUAUACCUUUCGAAGGCUCGAGUUCAAACUUACCAAGAAGCCCAAGACCCAAAGGCAAUUUAUGACUAUUCUAUCACCUCCUCAACAUUUUGAGCAGUUUUAGCAGAGGCCUCCAUGAAAAUUAGAC